ACCGGCAGCCCUGCGGUCGCCUGGUAACGGUGGCGACCGGGCGGUCUACGGGGUGCGGGCGGCGGUGGCCGCAGAGAUCCUAGCCCGGGUCCAGCCCGGCCCUGUGGAUCUGAGCAGCGAUGGCUGCCGCGGCCGCGGUGAUCCCGCCGUCGGGCUUGGACGAUGGGGUGUCUCGGGCUCGGGGGGAAGGCGCUGGGGAGGCGGUGGUGGAGCGCGGGCCGGGAGCGGCCUACCACAUGUUCGUGGUGAUGGAAGACCUAGUGGAGAAGCUGAAGCUGCUCCGCUACGAGGAGGAGCUACUCCGAAAGAGCAAUCUGAAGCCCCCGUCCAGACACUACUUUGCUCUGCCUACCAAUCCCGGUGAGCAGUUCUACAUGUUUUGCACUCUUGCUGCAUGGCUGAUCAACAAGACUGGCCGUGCCUUUGAGCAGCCUCAGGAAUAUGACGAUCCCAAUGCAACUAUAUCUAACAUCCUGUCUGAGCUCCGCUCUUUUGGGAGAACUGCAGAUUUUCCUCCUUCAAAAUUAAAGUCUGGUUAUGGAGAACAUGUAUGCUAUGUUCUUGAUUGUUUAGCUGAAGAAGCAUUAAAAUAUAUUGGUUUCACUUGGAAAAGGCCAUCAUACCCAGUGGAAGAGUUAGAAGAAGAAACUGUUCCGGAAGAUGAUGCGGAGUUAACACUAAGUAAAGUGGAUGAAGAGUUUGUGGAAGAGGAGACAGAUAAUGAAGAAAACUUUAUUGAUCUCAACGUUUUAAAGGCCCAGACCUAUCGCUUGGACACAAACGAGUCUGCCAAACAAGAAGAUAUUUUGGAAUCUACGACAGAUGCUGCGGAAUGGAGUCUAGAAGUGGAACGUGUACUACCGCAGCUGAAAGUCACGAUCAGGACUGACAACAAGGAUUGGAGAAUCCACGUUGACCAAAUGCACCAGCACAAAAGUGGAAUUGAAUCUGCUCUAAAGGAGACCAAGGGGUUCUUGGACAAGCUCCAUAAUGAAAUUAGCAGGACUCUGGAAAAGAUCGGCAGCCGAGAAAAGUACAUUAACAAUCAACUUGAGCACUUGGUUCAAGAAUAUCGUGGGGCCCAGGCCCAGCUAAGUGAGGCAAGGGAACGCUACCAGCAGGGCAAUGGCGGAGUAACUGAACGGACCAGACUCCUGUCUGAGGUGACAGAAGAAUUAGAAAAGGUAAAACAAGAAAUGGAAGAGAAGGGCAGCAGCAUGACGGAUGGCACUCCUUUGGUGAAGAUUAAGCAGAGCUUAACCAAGCUGAAGCAAGAAACCGUUCAGAUGGACAUUAGAAUUGGGGUUGUGGAGCACACGCUACUUCAGUCAAAGCUCAAGGAGAAGUGUAACAUGACCAGAGACAUGCAUGCGGCUGUCACCCCAGAGUCAGCAAUCGGCUUCUAUUAAACACAUGGUGUUCCUGCGUCUGAUGAUUUGUUUUUUAUAUCAAAUGAUUUUUUUAAUGUUGCAUGGAUUUCCAAACAGUUUAUACUUCUUCAAGCAUAUCCAGUGGGUAUUUUUGCACAUGUUCUAUCAUGGUGACUAUGAUGGCUAAAGCCUUUACAAUGAAUAUAGUAUUUAAUAAAGUACUUAAAAUUA